AUGAACUCUCUCAAUGUGCACAUCGCCCAACCAACCCUGUCGAGUUCUUCGCAUGCCCCUUUUUCCCAGCAGGAGGGACAAUAUCCCUCGACGCGAGAUAAGCUGAUGAGUGCUGUGGAGAAAGGUAGACGCAGGUCAACCGCAUCCUCUGUCGCACCGCCGGGACCAGAAAGCCGUCCCCGACGCGUCCGACCUUCGAGAGCACGCGGCCUGCGGACAUCUACUGGCUGUCUGACAUGUCGGAGGAGACGUAUUAAGUGCGACGAAGGCAAGCCAAAAUGUGCCCAGUGCUGCAAGUCAGACCGCGAUUGUCAGUAUGCUCUGGCAUCCACCAGUGAAGAGUUGUCAGAAGGCCGAAAUCGUUCAAGAUCCAUUAUCUCGAAUGCGGACCAGGACGCCCAAGGUGAUGAUCUGAUUACUGUUACCUCCACAACGGAAGAGGCGGAGAGCAACCUAGUGGCUUCACCAGUUGCCGAGGAAGCGUCAAUAACCGUUCGCCCGGCCGACUUCGCAACGCCUUUUGUGUCUUCCUUCAACCCUCCUGACCCGUGUGGCUCCCUUGGCGUUGAUGAUACUUUGCAGGCUGGUGUCUCUGAGGCGGAUCUCGGAUUUUCACCCCUGGCACUUAGCCACACAUCCCUGCUCAACAUCUCCCCCUUUGAGUGGUACGACUUGCUCGCUCAGGAUGCUAUCAACAAUAUCCAGAGACUCAACAGCUUACCCAACGGUGAAGUGCGGUGGGUCUUCGAUGAGAGUACCCUAUCGAGGAGACAAACUCCCAUCCCUGAAUCACCGGACGAUGGCGAAGGACACCGGGCACCAUUUGAUCAACAUGACGCCCCAAUCACCCCGCCUUGGAACACGAUUACCAACAUCGAGUUGUCAGGGACCGAUCUGAUCUACUUUCACUACUAUGUCGACGUAGUCGGCCCUAUUCUCGAUCUCUUUGACCCCGAACGACACUUCACUAACGUCGUUCCCCACCUCGCUGUCCACAAUGUCGGUCUUCUCAAAUCCAUUCUUGCCGUGGCUGCGAGGCACAAAUCUCUGGGGUUCAAUCACAAUAAUCCUGGCCCAAUCCCAAGCAACCCCCCAUCACCGGAUACGAACUUCCAGGCUAGCCUCGCAGAGCAGGAUCCAGCUCGCAUGGCAACUCAGUACUAUUAUGAGACGCUACAGUAUCUGUCCCACACGCUGCUGUAUCCGUCUUAUGCCAACUCCCAUGAGAUCCUGGCUACUGCCAUAAUGAUCAGUACUUACGAGAUGUUCGACUCAAAUGGCCCAUCAACCAGUGGGGACUGGGAACGACAUCUCAGAGGAGCGUUUUGGAUACAGCGUUCUCAAGACAACAACGCUGAAUCUGCCGAUAGCUUCAGGAGGGCCGUAUGGUGGGCAUGGAUUCGCCAAGACAUAUGGGCGGCUUUCAGAUCCGGUCGCCGCACAUUGACAAUAUUCCAACCCCAGAAGACCCUCCAAGAUCUUAACCCUGACGACCUGGCCAACAGAAUAAUAUUUCUCGCCGCAAAGUGUGUGGCUUAUGCUGCACCUGACGCGGCAUCCUCCAUCCAGGAUCUGCAACAGCGCAUGAACCUAGGGAACCGGCUGCUCAGGUCGUUAGAGGAAUGGCGUGAGGCGCUACCAGGCUCCUUUUCUCCUAUCGCUGCAGGCUCAACCUCCGAGGCAACACCAGGGGCGAAUCGCCCUAGUUCCUCUUCCCCGUCUGUACAUCAUCUCGGUCAAGGUCCGGCUUUCGCUCCAGUCGAAGAGCAUUCUUCCAAGGAAAUGUUCGAUUCAAUCUGGGUCCACCCCCCUAGAAACGCUGGUGCUAUGCAGAUGUAUCAUUUCGCCCGAUCCGUAGUUCUCCUGGCACAACCAUCAACUGGUGGUCUCAAUGCUUACCGGCGGCGACAAAAGCUCCUGAACGAGAGUCUCCACAAUGUCUGUGGUAUAGCAAAGUCUUGCCGGGAAACAGAUUUUGCCAUGUCAUUCUUGAAUGUGCAAGUUGUCUUUGCAGUCGGCCAGUGUGCUCAGAAUGAAGAGAAACAAACAGAGCUGCUUGGGAUUUUGCGAAAAUCAGUAGAAAUCAGCAGCUUCCCGUCAAAAGGGUUAACAGAAGAAUUGGGGCGGAUAUGGAAGGAAGGGUUUUGA